AUGGCCUCAAUCCAAAUUCUAGACGGCGGUCUAGGAACCUCCCUCCAAGACCAAUACGGAGUGAGCUUCGACAGCACCAGCACACCCCUCUGGUCCUCGCACUUGCUAGUAUCCGACCCAACAACCCUACAAGCCUGCCAAAGCGACUUCGGCAAGGCAGGCGUGGACGUGCUCCUCACAGCAACCUACCAAGUCUCCCCCGAAGGUUUCGCCCGUACCAAGACAGACCAGUACCCCAAUGGCAUUCCCGUCGAGGCUGUGGGCGGGUAUCUGCGCACGGCGGUGGAGGUCGCGGAACGCGCAAAGGGCCGCGACAGCACCAAGAUCGCGCUGAGUCUGGGUCCGUACGGGGCUUGUAUGAUUCCAGGACAGGAGUAUAGUGGGGCGUACGACGCGGCGCACGAUAAUGAGGAGGCGCUUUAUCGGUGGCAUUUGGAGCGGUUGAGGUUGUUUGUUCAGGCAGAAGGUGGAUUGGCGGGGCGGGUGCAGUAUGUUGCGUUUGAGACGCUGCCGAGGCUUGAUGAGGUGCGGGCUGUGAGGAGGGCAUUUAAGGAUUCGGGGAUUACGGCGCCGUUUUGGAUUGUUUGUGUUUUUCCUAGGGAGGAUGAGCUCUUGCCUGAUGGGAGUUCCAUUGAGCAGGUCGUUGAUGCGGCUCUUGGGCCUUUGGAUGGUGCGCCAGUGCCGUGGGGGAUUGGUAUGAAUUGUACCAAGGUUCAAAAGCUUGCUGGCUUGAUUGAUAAGUUUGGCGCUUGUGUUGAUGAGGUUAUUGCUGCGGGCCAGCUGUCUGCUGCUCCAGCUUUGGUUUUGUACCCUGAUGGUACGAACGGGGAGGUCUACAACACUACGACACAGGUUUGGGAGAAGCCUGACGACCUGAAGGAGGGCCAGCGGGACACGCGCUCCUGGGAAACACAACUUGCGCAAGUGGUCACCGAUGCGCAGGCCAAGGGUCCCUUCCAAUCAUUCUUGGUGGGCGGUUGCUGCAAAGCAUCUCAUCGCGACAUCGCGAAGCUCCGAGAGAAGUUCCACGCAUGA